AUGGCACGAAUAGAGAUCUUUCUAGUUUGGGAAAGCAACUGUCGAAAUGUUUUGGAAGAACUGAGUUCUUUACCAGGCGAGCUUUUAGAUGAAAUUAAGCUGCGAAUAUUCCUUCGCAAAGACACGCCGAUUAAAAAUCGCCCGCCGACAGCAAAGUGGAUUGAAUUGUACAAUUCCUUUACAACUUCGCCUUACGCUUCGGACACGACCUUAUCCGCUUUUUUGAUCAAAUAUUUCAAAGAUUUAGCCUACUUGGGCGACGAAAUCGAAAACGAUACCACUGAGAAUGGCUUCGAUCCAGUGGAAUUUUAUUUCGUAGUCGAUUCCGACACGGAACGGAAAUACGACGAGCUUAUCGCGAUACUGCACCAAGAAACUGGAUCAAAGGUUAAAAUGUCUACGAUAAACGGACAGGUUGAAGAUAUUCCGAAGAUUUUGGGCUUUCAUUUCUGUAAAAUUUGCAGCAAAGCUUUCGAAACUGGCAACGAGUUACUGACUCAUAACGGAGUAAACCACAAUAUAUUUUGCGACAAUAAGCUAUGUCGAAGAAGUACUACGCCUUUCAGAAAUGAAGAAGAAUUAACUUUGCAUAAAUCGAAGCAAACAAAAUGUUUAUUAUGUAGCACUGAUAGUCCUGUUUUCUGCGAACAAAGCGCAAAAGUCCUUCACAUGCAAGUGCUUCAUGAACAAGAUAUUACAGAGAGCGUUCUGACAUGUGAUUUUUGUCCGAAGAAGGCAUUUACCAGCGCCGAACAGCGUGAUAUUCACAUGAAAAACACGCAUAAGAAAUGCAACUGCGGUUGUGGCGUGUACUUCGAAACUCGGGAGGAUUAUUUGGCACAUUUUUACGCCGUUUACCCCUUGGCUUGCUUCGAGAACCGCAAAUGCCCGCACAGAUUCCAAUCCGUGCUCUACCAGGCAGAACAUCACUGGACCGUUCAUAAUUCGGAACAUCCAUAUUACUGCGCGCCGUGUUCCGCGCGCGACGAGAACGGUCUCGCGAAAACGUGUGCUUUCAAAGAUGAAAAGGCCCUGAGGAAUCAUGGUAGCCUUAUGAACCACAGCGAGGAAGAAAUGUUUUUGAUACACGAAACUUCAUAUAAACCUACAGCAAAGAGUUCUGCAAUAAACUACUGUUAG